AAUAGGCACCGCGGAACUAAUAUCGAACGUAAACAGGUCAAGUCAGUUUUUAAGGCAGCCAAGCCCACAGCUCUUUAUUUAAGGGUCGAGUAGACCCGAGGGUACAUUGCUGUAACGAUAAGGAGCUAGUCGGACCAUUGACAGUCAUCGAAGCGGUUCAUUGCGGUAGAGCACGAAGAUAUUACCACAGAUUCUGGUCUUCCACCUUUGCUGCAAAGCACCACAGAGAACUGGUGAGAAAAAGGGUUAGGUAACCAAAUCAGCGCAGAGAUAUCGGGAGUUACUACUACUAUACCCUGACACUGAAGUGAUCGACGGUUAAUUUAACGGUUUUACGAUCGUCCGUGAAGGCUGAGAGUGCUUGGAGGUGCUGAUCAAGUUUAAUUCAGGUGGUAGAGGUGUUGGUAGGAGGGAGUGACGGAUAGUCCGGGACAAAAAGCUCGAAGAAACAUUGACGGUAAACAAGCGCUUGGAGCAGGUACAAUCAAGAAGGAGACACACAAGGCUUACAACUGACCCAAUGUGUGGGACGGCGAGUGUCUGGGCCAAGUUGGCCCUCGGGUGUAUGGUCCUCGGUAUGACACUGCACAUUGCUGGCUGGGCCUCCAUGUACUGGAUGGUGUACGAGACUUCCGGUUCCGUGCUACAGACAUUCAUCGGGCUCUGGCGUCAGAAGACGUGCCAAAAUAAUGUCUGCACAGAAGAUGCAGUCGAUAAAUAUGUGACAGCUGACUUCAACGCGGUGCGGGCGAUGGAGACGAUUACUUUCUGUGUGGCCGCCUUCACUGCCAUCCUUAUGACCAUCUAUGUCUUUGCCCCCAGCGCUCGCCGACAGUCAGUGGCCAUUGUUCUUAUGAUCCUGUGCUUUAUAGCAGGUGCCACCUCUAUCUGUGGGAUGAUUAUAUGGCUCGUCACCUUGCCUAGCCCUUUCAUCGUCUCCUUUUCUAUGGGGCUCACAGUUCUCGGAUUUCUGCUCAUCCUCAUCGCCGGAACACUGCUCAUUCCUGAUGUGUUCGAACCUAUGGAUUCCUACAACAGGUCAGGCCUCAUCACACCCUACACCCCCCCGGACCGCCGCACUGUGGUUACCCCUCUUUCCUAUAAAGGCGGUGGUGCUGUUAACAGGUGGUAGACGAAUUCCUGUAAGUUCCCUUACCAGCAGAGUCGAAAUUUUCACAAAAUCUUUUGAAAUUUGUCCUCAUAGAGGCUAGGGAGAUAGUCAUUCUCCUAAACUGAUGCUAAGAUAGAUAAAGAAAGGAAAUAGAUGUCCAAAUAAGUGAAUAUUUUACAGUGUAUAGUGCGUAUGUAUUAUCUUCUGCUCCCCUUCUGUUCCAUAUUCUUGGAGGUCAUAUACAGGACUAUAGUUCUUGUCCUCUUUACAUACAGUUUUUGUCCUCUUGAGGAUGUGUGAAAAAUUGAUGGACCUAUGCACUCUGUUGUUUUUUGUCCUAAAUAGUUAAGAGUUUAAUUUCCCUCAAUCUACUUGGCUGUGAUAUUUAUUCUGUGUAACAUGUUUCUGUGUCUUUGCCUCUUAUGCACUUCUCUCUCUAUGUAUAUAUGAUGUAUAUAAUUGUGUGUAGAGGGUGAAAGAAGUGGAUGUACGUGUGCAUGAGUUACUAUCAUGUUGUUCUUACGCUGUAUUUGCUAACUCAUUGUAAGAGUCAGUCUAUGGUGGACCCAGAUAAGUUCAUGCUGCUAGACCAGGGGUCUCACACUGACCACUCGUUACAGGCAGCAUAGGAGUGUAUUUGGAAGUAUUUUAAAAUCUUUCUGCCAUCCAGCGUGAUCACAUGUAAUGGAAGAAAGAUAGAAAACAAAUAAAGCUGUGAUAAUUAUUUUCUUUACAUAGUAAAAGUUUGUAAAAACAUAGCAGAGGUGUUUACGAUUUAUUCAUGAAAACUUUUUGCAUAAUACUUUACUUGACUACUUGUAAUCUUUUGUAAAAACAUCUGAUAUUCCGUCAUUUUCAAAUGCAGAAGAAAAUUCGCAUCUAUUAUAUGAUACCUUUGAAAAUUAAGUUUCUGUUAUAAUGUCACCGGAAAUUAGCAUCUACUUACAUGUCACUGGUGGAGCUUUUUCGGUCAGUGCAGAGAAAAACAUUCAGUUGAACCCUAUCGUCAAAAGUAGAGCCCGAAAUAUUUUUAGGCAAAAAAAAAAAAAAAAAAUUCCAGCCUCAUAUAUUUAUAAUUCUUGCUUAUACUUCUGUCUUAUUAGUGUCAUAAUUGAAUAUCUUUUACCUGGUUUUAUUGAUGCAUCCUUUGUACAUAAAAUGUGUAAUGAAUCUAUACAAAUUAUAUUGAAAUUAUGUGACAUUAGUGUGUGCGUGCGUAUGUGCGUGCCCGUUUGUAUACGAGUGUGUACAUAUGCGUGCCUGUUUCUGUAAGAAAUUGCAUGUGCACGUAUUAGGGUAAAACACAUUUUCACGAGAACUAUAACAUUGGCUGUGUGUGUGAAGAAGGGUAGGUGUCCGAAACUGUGUAUUGCAAUGCCUUCAUAUAUUCUAAUAAAUUUAUGCUACGAGCAAA